AUGAGUGCGCGAGUUGAGAGAGAAGAGGAAGAUACAAGUGAUGGCGUUUAUAAAAAAGGAAACGAACUUAUUGUAGGCAAUGUGGUAAAUACACCGUCUCUAAAUGCAGAAGGUCGGGCUCCCCCACUACUUUGGCAUUAUUUUCUUUGCCUUUGCUGGCGUUCGACAUGUCCCAUAGUCUUUUCUUCUGGUAAACUGAUGGCGCUUCCCUCCAUAGCAAGAAAGCUACGAAGCAAACAUCCCCAGCUCUUCCUAUCACACACGCUGCUCCCGUCCAUUUCUAACUCACCGUCUCCUCCUCAUUCUUCACACCCUCUCCCCCAGCAUCUCUCUCAAACAUUUCAUCGAACACUUCUCGUUCCCUUUCAAACCCCUCGUCAUUUUUCUACUCUCCAACCCUUCUCAGCCCAAACUCUCAACGACCCAUUGGGCUUCAAUGCCCAACGAUUCAAGACAAAUGACCCGUACAAGUCGGGUCUCACCCAAUUUCUCGAAUUGCUCAAACAUGCCGCCCAUUUUGCCUCAGAAGCCGAGGCCAUGGCUUUUCUCGACAAGUCGGGCAUUGAGGUGAAUGGAGAUACGGUCCUUUUAGCGAUUUGGGAAUUGAAGGAAGACUGGAAAUUGGCGUUUUUGGCUUUCAAAUGGGGUGAGAAAUUGGGUUGUUGCGAUGAAGAGGCUUGUAGUUUGAUGGUAUGGGUUUUGGGGAGUCACAGAAAGUUCAGUACUGCUUGGUGUUUGAUACGGGACUUGCAUCGGGCUCUGAUGGAUACACGGCGUGCUAUGCUCAUUAUGAUUGAGAGAUAUGCAUCUGUAAAUGAUCCAUGUAAGGCCAUUAAGACAUUCCAGAUGAUGGACAAGUUCAGGUUGACUCCUGAUCAAGAAGCAUUCCACACCCUCUUAAAUGCUCUCUGUAAGUAUGGAAACAUUGAAGAAGCUGAAGAAUUCAUGCUUGUUAAUAAGAAGCUUUUCCCACUGGAGACUGAGGGCUUUAACAUUAUUCUCAAUGGGUGGUGUAACAUAUCUGUUGAUGUAUUUGAAGCCAAGAGAGUUUGGAGAGAAAUGUCAAAAUGUUGUAUUACACCAGAUGCAACUUCUUAUACACAUUUGAUUUCCUGCUUGUCAAAGGUUGGAAAGCUUUUUGACUCCCUUAGGUUCUAUGAUCAAAUGAAGAAAAGGGGCUUUGUUCCUGGCCUCAAAGUUUAUAAUUCAUUGAUUUAUGUACUAACUUGUGAAAAUUGCUUUAACGAAGCUCUCAAAAUGCUGGGCAAUUUGAAACAAAUGGGUUUGCAGCCAGAUUCUACUACCUAUAACUCAAUGAUAUGUCCUUUAUGUGGAUCAAAAAAGCCUGAGGAGGCGAGGCAGAUGUUGAGCGCUAUGAUAGAGGAUAAUAUCAGCCCAACCAUUGAGACUUACCAUGCAUUUCUCCAGAGCACAAGUUUAGUGGGAACUCUUGAAAUUCUUAAUCGAAUGAAGAAAGCAAAUUUAGGUCCUAAUGGCAAUACCUUUCUUAUGAUUCUUGGAAAGUUCUUCAGAUUAGAGCAACCUGAGAUGGCAUUGAAGAUUUGGACAGAAAUGAAGCACUAUGGAGUAGUGCCUGAUUCUACACAUUACACAGUAAUGGUACAGGGCCUGGCAGCUUGUCGUUUGUUAUGA